AUGAGUUACAAUAUUGACUGGUCAAGGGAAGAGUCCAUUGAUAAUAUAGGCUGCUCAUAUGAGAACUUAAAUUAUGAACAUAGAUCAAACACUGCAUCAAAUCAUGGAAAAAGUAGGGAAAAUAGCAUGAAUGUUAACACUAUAUUAUUCGAAGAUCAUUUCUCUCCGAGGCUUUCGGAAGGUUUAAAUUCAAUGAGGUUUUCUGAACUUGGAGAUAUGACUGAGGAAGAAUGGAAUAAACAACAACAGAGACAGAACUCGCAGAGAUAUGAUGCUUUGUAUAUUGUUAGUGAGAGGGAGGAGGACAUUAUUAAGAUGAAAAAUCCUAGGGAUAAGCUUAAAUUUAAAGUUAUUGGCAAUGAAGGAACGAAAGUCAAUGAUUCAAUUUCAGACACUACUUUGGGGUACAUUUGUAGUUUAAUAUAUAAUUUUAGGGAGAACAAUACAAUAAGGAGCAAACAGUCACAGCUAACUUUGUGGGAAAUCAUGAAGCAGUUUUACCUAGUAAACAACUUAUUUUUUAUACUUAAAGUUUUAAAGACUUUGGCUUCGAGUAAUAGGACUCACAGAUUAAGCCAAGAUAUGGGAUGGGUUUCAUUUAUGUGUCUAUUAUCAACUUUCCUGACAAGUAUUCUGGCAUAUUUAACAAGAUCUUUUAUAUUUUAUCAUCGUAUUGACGAUAAGUAUACAAAAAAGUUGUUUUCACCUUUUCAUGUUUAUUCUCAGAUAAGAAGAUUAGGUGAAGAGAUGCCAGAAGCUUUGUUCAUGCUGGAGAGAGUUAAUUGGACAUACACUUUAAUAAUGCACAUAUUGGAGGAUAUUCCUCAAUUGUUUGCAUCUUCAAUUUUUCUCUCAUAUUAUGGAAAUGACUUUUAUGCGUUUUUCAUGAUCACAUGGAGUUCUUGCAUGAUCAUUACAACUUCCAUUAGAAUGGGUAUUUCGUAUCCUCUUAUUGGAACUCUGAGUCUUAUUUUCUCAAGAAAGCCGCCAGUUGAUUCUCCUACUCUUAAUGAAGCAACUACAACCACAUUACAUUUCCCAUUGUUUAUGGCUGCAAUCACUUUUAUUUGGGCAGUUGCUGAUAGUCUAUGCCUUUACUUUACUCAUGGGUUCUGGACAAUACUUUUUUAUUUUGGGUUGACUGCAAACAUUCUCGCAUCUACAUUGUUUAUAUUGUAUUAUGUACAUCUUUCUAAACAGGCUUCAGCAUAUGCGCGCCAAUUAAAUUCACUUUAUUUUACAGAAGACUAUAGCAGAAUUCAGUCAAGGCAUUUUUAA